GCUCUGGGCCUGGAUCGUUCUCGCCCGCCCGCCGCACCCCGGCGAGGCAAACCGCGGCCGCCCGCCCUUCCCUUCCCCCCACGGCAGCCGACCGACCGCACCACCACCAACCACCGACCACCCCCCGCCGCCCGAAUGGCGGAAAACGCCACCCCCGCCAUGCGCGCGCUGCCAUCCGCUCCCACCACCGGCCGCGCGCGUCGCUCGCGCCCGCCCACCGACCCCCGCGGCAACCGGAGCGAAACCAGCGCCCCCUCCCCCUCGUCCUAUUUCGCCAUGCCACCCUCCACCACCGACCCACCUCCCCUCUCCUCUCCUUCUCCGGCUUCCGGCGGCUAAGGGCCUUCGCUGCACGGCCGCACCGCACACCGCGUCGCGCAAUCCGCAUCCAGCCCUCCUCGUCGCGGCGCAGCUCACGCCACCCACGGCACCGAGGGCGCGCGCCCGGCGACGCGGAGUAGCAGGAGGAGGAGGAGGAGGAGGGGGUUGAGAGCAAGCGGGCGGCCCCGGCGCGGCGUGACCCCCUCCGGCCUCCGGCCAUGCUGCAGCGCGCGGCGGGCAACGCCUACUCCUGGUGGUGGGCGUCCCACAUCCGCACCAGCCAGUCCAAAUGGCUCGACGCCACCCUCAACGAGAUGGAGGAGAGGGUGAAGCUCAUGAUCAAGCUCAUCGGGGCGGAUGCCGACACGUUCGGCAAGAAGGCGGAGCUCUACUUCAGGAGCCGGCCGGAGCUCAUCAGCAACGUCGAGGAGAUGUUCAGAUCCUACCAAGCACUGGCUGACCGGUACGACCGGAUAUCUAGCGAGCUGCACAAGGCCAACCACACCAUUGCCACCGUUUUCCCGGACCAUGUCCAGUUCUCCAUGCAAGAGGGUGACGCCGAAGGAGUCCCCAAGGCAAUUACAAGUAUUGAUCUCAUCAACUACAAAUUCCCUGCUCUGGAAGGUUUGCCAAUGGGCUCACGCGUCACAAGCCGGGGAUCGAGCCCGAACCCGGCUCCAAAGAGGACCCAGACACACCGACGAGUCGGCUCCCACAUGAAUAAGGACAGGGCACUGGAAGAGAUCGACAAGCUGCAGAAGCAAAUCCUGGUGCUGCAGACCGAGAAGGAGUUCUUGAAGACCACUUAUGACAGUGCACUGGGCAAGUAUCUAGACAUUGAAAGGAAGGUGGCCGAGUUGCAGGAGGAAGUUUGCGGCUUGCAAGAUACUUUUAGCACUAGCUCGGGCAUUGAAGACAAUGAAGCCCGAGCACUGAUGGCUUCACGAGCCCUUAUGUCUUGUGAGCAUACAUUGGUUAACUUGCAGGGCCAGCAAAAGAGGUCAUCUAAAGAGGCGAGGACUGAAUUUCAAAGAUUCAACGAGGCAAAGGAGAAACUGAAAACCUUCAAGGAUGAGUGUGGGCAGCCCCAGACGCAAGAUGACGGGCCCGAUCACCAUGAAACAGGACUUACCCAAGUACUGCCACCUGUGGAUGGUGGCGAUUCUGUUCAGGACGAGGCUAAGCUUGACCUGCAGGAAGUAUGCCAAAAAAUCAAAGAACUAAUUGAAUUGCGCCCAGAGGCAUCAGUUUCAGACAUAGCGGAAAAAGUUGAUCGACUUGUGGAGAAGGUAGUCAACCUGGAGCUUGCUACUACGUCUCAGAAUGCUCAGAUCGAUAGAAUGAAAUCUGAGAUAGAUGACUUUCACAAGCGCCUGCAUGCCUUGGAGGAGGAGAAGGCAGCUUUGGUUGUUGAUUCCAGUAAGUUGGCCGAAAGGUUGAAGCAAGUUGAGGUGGUGCUACAAGUCGUCCUACAAAUUGGUAGGUCCAUACAACAUGGUACCGAGAAUAUUCGUGAAGAAAUGACUGAAGCUUGCAGUGAACUUGCUGGGUUUGUAGAAGCAUUGAACUCUCCAGCGUCUCAAAACAGCAAGUUUUUUGAUUCGUCUGAAAAGGGCUCGGAAGAUAUUGUGGUGCAGCAACAGCUUGUUGCUAAUCUAUCUGAAGGCGAGGAUAAUAUUUUAUCAGAAGAUUAUGCAUCUGUGCUUCAGAUCUACAAAGAUACAGAGCAACAACUUUCUGAAAUUGAGAAGGAAAACCAAAAGUAUCAUACUGAGGCGAUGUCAGAGCUGAAGGAACUGAAGAGCUCUAAUACAAUGAAAGACGAGGAGAUUCAUUCUCUUCGCCGCAUGCUAAGUUCUUUGCAGAGAAAGAUGAAUGUUUCUGUUUCGGAGAGCGGGGAGAUGUCUGAAGAAACGUCCAAAAUAAGCAGCACUCCUACAACUGAAGACAAAGAGAUUGCUGAUGUAGAUGAAUAUAUUAAGCAAUGCGAAGGUGAAGAACCACUUGAGUAUUCAGUUGGGGAGGAAAAAUUUAGAGCAGAGAUCGACAAGGUGUUGGAGCAGACCAUGGACUUCUGGCUGAGGUUUAGCACAUCAUACCAUCAAAUACGACAUUUCCAAACAGCAUUUGACAGGCUAAAAGCCGAGAUGAUCAAGUUGACCGAUGCACAGGCACAGGGAGUUGCAGAUGGAAUUCCUACUAAUCAUCAGGUAGCAAAACUGGAGUCAGCUGUUUUAGAAAAGAAAUUUCGGGAUUUGAAUACAGAUCUUCAAGUUUGGAUGGAAAAGAAUGUGCUAUUAAAAGGAGAGCUGGAGAACAGGUUCUCUUCACUAUGCAGCAUACAAGAGGAUAUAUCAAAGAUCACAAUUCUGGAUAAAGGUGGUGAAGAUCAUUUUACCCUCAUCCAAGCUGCAAAAUUCCAAGGAGAGGUUCUUAAUAUGAAACAAGAGAAUAACAAAGUUGCUAAAGAGCUAGAAGCUGGGCUGGACCACGUAAGAGGUCUCCAAGUGGAGGUUGGGAGGGAGCUCUUGAAACUCCGGGAGAAUCUUGAGCUAUCUAUAGCAAGAAGCAACCGCGCUCAACAGAACUUUCGAACCUUGUCAACAAAAGCUGUGGUUCCCCUUAGAACUUUCCUGUUUGGUGUGAAGCCGAAGAAGCCAUCACUCUUCUCCUGCAUGGGUCCUGGGAUGCAUAAGCAAUAUGGUAGCUCGAAGCAUGGUCAUAGAUGAGAAUGGUUGGGUUAUCUGCUAUUUGUUUCUUGGUAUUAAUACAUGAGAGAUUUCAUUGUAGUUGCCAGUUGAUUUGGAGCUAUACGUGUCUUUCCUUAGGGCUUAAAUGUAUAGGACCUGCA